CUUAUUUUUUACUCUGCAGAAUCCUUCUGUCGCGCUCAUGGGAUUCUCUUACACGUCGUCGUUUCGCUCCUCUCCCCUACACUCCCCAUCUCAUCGACCUCAUAACAGUAGCACCCUCCAUGGCCCAACAACCUUCCGCUGCCGUCCCGCCGCAAUGCCUAAUUCCCCUCGAAACCCGAACGUCUUCCGUCGCCAACUCCCCCCAAACCCACCGUUUCCUCACAUUCCCAAACGCACCCACCUUUCUCUCAGAGUCCACGCAUCAAACAGCUCGAGUUCAAAUCUAAUCGUCACCUCCGCAGUUACCGCAACGCUAGCCGUCGCCAACCGCGUGCUCUACAAGCUCGCUCUCGUUCCCAUGAAGGACUACCCCUUCUUUCUAGCUCAGCUCACAACUUUCGGGUAUGCGGCUAUAUAUUUUUCGAUAUUGUAUGUGCGAUAUCGUGCGGGGAUUGUGACCGAUGAAAUGCUUGCUGUUCCCAAAUGGCGGUUUUUGGCAAUUGGUAUUUUAGAAGCUCUUGGCGUCGCUACUGGGAUGUCUGCUGGAGCCAUGCUUCCUGGACCAGCCAUACCGAUACUGAGUCAGACAUUUUUGGUGUGGCAGCUGGCUUUUUCUACUUUUCUCUUGGGGAGAAGUUACUCAUUUAAUCAAAUUGCUGGCUGCUUACUUUUAGCUACCGGUGUGGUGGUGGCUGUUGCCAGUGGGUCUAAUGCCGGUCAGAUGCUAUCUGGAGUUGAGUUUGUAUGGCCAGCACUAAUGAUAGCUUCAAGUGCUUUUCAAGCUGGUGCAUCGAUUAUCAAGGAAUAUGUUUUCAUUGACGCUGAAGCCCGCCUGGAUGGAAAGUCGCUUGACAUAUUUGUGGUCAAUUCCUUGGGAUCUGGAUACCAGGCUCUUUUUCUGCUUCUCUUUUUACCUUUCCUGUCAAAGGUGAAGGACAUACCAUUUUACCAACUACCUUCUUAUCUGGAAAGUGGUGCUGGUUGCUUUCUUAAUUUCGGAGCCAAUCCACCUGGUUGUGCUGGGGCUCCGUUGCUUCCACUGCUUUAUAUAGCUACCAAUUUAGCUUUCAACAUCUUCUUGCUAAAUGUAGUAAAAAUUUCUUCUGCAGUUGUUGCUUCUCUUACUGUAAUGUUAUCAGUGCCAAUUUCAAUUUAUAUUCUUUCCCUCCCAUUGCCAUAUCUUCCAGAGGCCACAAGCUUGAGUCCCUUUUUUCUCUUGGGCAGUGUGAUUCUUGUAUCAGGUCUUAUUCUGUACAACAUACCCCAGCCUACCAAGCAGGGCUCUGACGAUUGUUGACUUUACAAUUAUGAAGUUUCACAUCUUUAAUUCAAAACUUUUUAUCCGACUGUACAUAUUGCAACGCCAAUCGUUUGUUGAACCCUUUCCAGAGCAAAAUGCUUCCCUUUCUGUUCCAAUGACGAAGGACAAAAAAUCAGACUCCCAUCCUCAGAGACCUCUGUUUCUCUUCUGUUGGCUAAUGGAAACUUCAGCAUUAAGGUAGUAUCUGCUCUUUUAAUGAAGAUCACAUUGACUAUUUAUUUCCGUUAGGUGAGAUUGGAAUGUAAUUGUCAGGCUUUGGGUCAAUAUAAAAGGCUGGAACUGCAGAUGGUAUAUGAAUUUCAAAUGUUUUUUGUCUUGUUUUUGUUGUUAAAAGAUGCAUUUGUAUACCCCUUGCACCUAUAACAAUUCCACUUCAUUGACAUGGUAGUUUGAAAUGACAUCUUUCUCCCA